AACUCUCUUCUCUUCUCCUCUACUUCCUCAUUCUUUCUAUCUUCUCUGUUUUUUUCCUCUGUUACACAAAAAAAACCACCCUUUAAAAACUUCUAAAGUAACAAUGGAGGAAAGAAAAUUUGAUCCAACACACAAUGUGAACUUUGUUAAGCCAAGAAGUUUCUGUGAGAAAUUUAAAUCUUCCCUGAAAGAAACAUUUUUUCCUGAUGAUCCUUUCAGUGGAUUUAGUAGUGAACCCCCUAAAAAGAGAUUAAUAAAAGGGGUUCAAUAUUUUGUCCCCAUUUUUGAGUGGCUUCCUAAGUAUAGUUUCAGUCUUUUUAGGUAUGAUUUUCUUGCUGGUAUUACCAUUGCUAGUCUUGCUAUUCCUCAAGGUAUCAGUUACGCCAACCUUGCUAAAGUUCCUCCUGUCGUUGGCCUUUAUUCAAGUUUUGUCCCACCUUUGAUAUAUGCCGUGUUUGGAAGCUCACAAAAUUUAGCAGUGGGAACAGUGGCAGCUUGCUCUUUGCUCAUAGCUAACACAAUUGGAGAAACAGUUUCACCAACUGAUAACCCAUCAUUGUACCUCAGCUUGGUUUUCACUGCUACUUUCAUCUGUGGAAUUAUUGAAACUGCUUUGGGUGUUCUAAGACUGGGAAUUCUGGUGGAUUUUUUGUCACAUUCAACAAUUACUGGGUUUAUGGGAGGAACAGCAAUAAUUAUAAUUCUACAACAGUUGAAGGGUUUUUUGGGCUUAAAACAUUUUACGUCUAAGACUGAUGUAGUCUCAGUAUUGAAAACCUUGUUCAGCCACAAAAAUGAGUGGCGUUGGGAGAGUGCAGUUGUUGGCAUAAUCUUCCUGGCUUUUCUACAGUUCACCAGAUACGUGAAAACGAAGAGGCCAAAGCUAUUUUGGAUUUCAGCAAUGGCUCCUCUGGUCACUGUUAUAACUGGCGGCCUUUUUGCUUAUCUUGCCCAUGCAGAGAAAUUCGGUAUCGAUAUUGUUGGUCAUUUGAAUAAAGGGAUUAAUCCAUCCUCCAUUAACCAAUUGAACUUUGAUCCUAAGUACAUUGCAGCACCUAUUAAAGCUGGUAUCCUAACGGCCGUCUUAGCUCUUGCUGAAGGUAUAGCUAUUGGAAGGAGUUUCGCAAUAAUGAAAAAUCAACAAACUGAUGGCAACAAGGAAAUGGUCGCUUUCGGUCUCAUGAACAUUGUUGGUUCCUUUACCUCUUGUUACUUAACUACAGGGCCAUUUUCGAAGACAGCAGUUAACUUUAACGCUGGAUGUAGAACACAAAUGUCGAAUGUGGUGAUGUCGCUUAUUAUGAUGCUUACUUUGUUGUUCUUAGCACCAUUGUUUAGCUACACUCCUAUGGUUGCUCUCUCUGCAAUUAUAAUGUCAGCGAUGUUUGGUCUUAUUGAGUAUGACAAGGCGAUUCAUCUCUUCAAAGUCGACAAGUUUGAUUUCUGCAUUUGCAUGGUUGCUUUCUUUGGAGUUACCUUCAUUAGUAUGGAUAUUGGCCUUGGCCUCUCGAUUGGUUUAGGAAUAAUAAGGGCACUACUAUUCACAGCAAGGCCAGCAAGUUGUAAGUUAGGGAACCUACCCAACACAAAUCUUUACCGCGACAUAGAGCAUUAUCCUGAUGCACAAGGGACAGCAGGGAUCCUAAUUAUUCAGCUAGGUUCACCAAUUUUGUACUCAAAUAGCACUUAUGUUAGAGAAAGAGUUCUAAGGUGGAUCAGAGAUGAAGAAUCAAAUACAGAUUACCAGGGGGAUACAGUGGAACACCUUAUACUGGAACUGGGAGGAGUAACGGCUAUAGACAUGACCGGAAUUGAAGCGUUGUAUGAAUUGAAAAGACUCUUAGGACCAAAAGAUAUUAAGAUGUUAUUGGUAAACCCAAGGAUUGAAGUCAUGGAGAAGUUGAUAACUUCAAAGUUCAUUGAUGUCGUUGGCAAAGAAUAUGUGUUUUUGUCAAUUGAUGAUGCAGUUGAGUCCUGCAGAUUUAGAUUGGGUGGCCCAAGUAAAUUAAAUGGGCAAGAUCAUGCAUGAAACCUUCUUUUUUUUUUUGGGUUAAAAGAUGGAUAAAUUUAAAGGCUUUCUACCUAAUAUCCAAAAUGGGCUUCCAGUCUUUGUAACUAUAGACGGCCCAAUUCAUAUACCUUGGGCUGAAUCAGUGGGCUGUCCGAUCUCAAAGAGAGAGGGCCGAGAAGGGAAGAGAGAGAUGAGAUGAGAUGAGGUGAUAUGUAUUUUUGGAGGGUAUAUUGAAUUUGUUUUCUUUUUCUUUUCUUACUUUUUAGAGCAUAGCAAUUGUAAAAUUUAUACUUCAUAUAUAUGGUUGUAUAAUUUUCCAAUGAAGGCCAUAUUAAAGUGCCGAAUGUAUUUUGCACAACAAGGCUCCUAAUUUUAAUCAUAUUCUCUCAUUUUUAUAAAA